AUGAGCGAGUGCAGCACCGUUCGAGAAAUAUAUGGAGAACUGCCUGAAUUGGAGAAGAGUUCUAAUGAGAAACCCGAGUUCCUAAAAGUAAUAUCUAGACAUCCUAGUGAUGAACCAAAAGAAACUGCAAGUUCUGAUUCUUCAACAUCUUCUUAUGCAUCAAAUUUCUGUAAUAUCGCAAGGCCGGAGGAGACAAAGGGGCCGACUACUUUAGAGGAAAAAAUCGAAAUCCCUUUUGAGUCAGAUAUCGACUUUUGGAACUUGUUGGAUACCUUGGAUCCUUUUCAGUCAACGAACACCGAACAAAAUGAAUAUGUAAAUUCAAAGGCUUUUAACGCUGUGGAAAAACUAGACAGUGAAGAUGAAUGCAGGGAAUGGUUAAGAUACUUGGAGAAUAAACUUGGACUAUCUGGAGGAAAUGGUAGUGAGUAG